AUGAAUGUAUUGCUGGGGACAGUGGCUUUUCAACUUGUGCCGAUUGAAGGAUGGUGGACUUUUGGUAGUAGAGGCGAUUUUGCUGGGGACAGUGGCUUUUCUGCCGCUUGUCUUGCUGGUGGUGGCGUCCCUCUGAGUGGUGGGUUCGUUGGUGAAGCCAACGUCCGUGCUGAGAUAGACGGCUUCAGCGGAGGCUCUGUGGUGUUUGCCAGCAGCAGAGCCAUCUUCGACAGCUUGGCGGUGGUGAUUGCUGGUGGCGGAGUAGAUUUGGUUAUCGGGUUAAGGCGAGUACCCAUAAGCUGUGCUGUUCGUUUCCGACCCUGUAUUGAUAUACACAAGGGGCAAGUAAAACAGAUUGUUGGGUCGACGCUUUUGGAUUGGAAGGAAUAUGGGCCGGCUCUGGUUACCAAUUUCGAGUCGGAUAAGUCGGCGGGGGAGUAUGCAAAGAUGUAUAAGGAAGAUGGGCUUACAGGUGGCCAUGUGAUAAUGUUGGGGGCAGAUCCUUUGAGUAGAGCUGCGGCCAUUGAAGCUCUGCAUGCCUAUCCUGGUGGUUUGCAGGUAGGAGGUGGGAUCAAUUCAGAUAAUUCUUUGCAAUACAUAGAAGAAGGGGCUAGCCACGUCAUUGUCACUUCUUAUGUAUUUAAUAAUGGGCAAAUGGACCUUGAAAGGCUUAAAGAUCUUGUUUGUGUUGUUGGAAAAGAAUGGCUUGUUUUAGACCUUAGUUGUAGAAAGAGGGAAGGUAAAUAUGCAAUUAUCACAGAUAGAUGGCAAAAGUUCAGUGACGUGUAUCUUGACAAGGAAAUAUUAGACUUCCUUGCCAAGUAUGCAGACGAGUUUCUGGUACGUGGUGUCGAUGUGGAAGGGAAAAAGUAA